UCGGAGUAUGACCCUUCGCAACCGCUACUACUAUCAAGCAAGGCCACAAUCUACCAGCAGACCGGCAACUAUCUCCACAUCGACCCACUACGACUACUGCGCCCAGCCUUCUGCGCACCAUCAUCGUCAACCAUGUCGUCACAUCGCAGUGGCAACUUAAGCGGCUGUCCGAGCGUCAGUCCGUUUAGUUGGCACGGAAGCAGCAUUUGGAGCACCAUGGCUCAUACAACGCACCUUUGCACUUCGCAGGUCUGUAAAAACUUUCCGCUUUAUGCUAAGAAAAGUGACGACCCAUUUUUGCUAUUGCUUCCGUGCCAACAAGUGCUCUGUGAAAUUGUCGCAGAUUGUUUUUCUAUGGCGUUGCUGUUAUUGUGCUCAGGUGACGUGGAAACUAAUCCCGGUCCUACUACGCGUACUGAGGCAUUACUCGAGCUGCAGAAUUUGCCAUCAAAUCCUUCUGAGCAGACGGAAGUUCUUUUCCGGCUGUUAAAAGACCUUCAGGCUCGUUCUGUACAAUCUGCUAAGGGUCAGGCCGAGUUGGUUAACGACGUCAAGGCCAUUAAGGUUGGUCAAAAGAACAUCGAGACCAAAAUGGAAUGUAUCCAGAAAAGAUUAGACAACCUUGAAGAAAAAACAAACGUUUUAGACAAUCUCCAUGAUGAAAUGACUGGCAUUCAGGCGUCGACUCAAGCCCAAACAACUCGGCUUGACUCUUUACUAAUGCGCGUUGACGAACUCGAGGACAGAUCGCGACGCAACAACCUCAUAUUUCAUGGCAUCCGUGACUCUCGGGAAUCGUGGGAACAGUCCGAAUCACGCAUAAGAGAAGCACUAACUGGUGUAAUCGACAGCCUGCCUGACACGGCAAUCGAACGUGCUCAUCGCAUUAGUCACUACACGCCUAAUAAGUGUCGCCCAAUUGUAGUUAAAUUCACCAACACGAAAAUAAAAGACAAAGUACUUUCUUUGCGCGCACAGCUGAAAGAAAAGGGUAUUUCUACCUCCGAAGAUUUUUCGCCCGCCACCCGUCACGUCCGUAAAAAACUAAUUGAGUACGCUAAAGGCCAGCCCCAACCAUGCCCUUUCCAGUUAAGGUACACCAAACUAAUAAUGAAUAAAAAACAGUUCGUCUAUGACCCGGCAACAGACACCGUCAACGAGCAUGCGCCAUAUGAACCACGAGAUAACGGUGGGCAUGCAAAUUCCCAGCACGUGCCCAGUUAGGAAAACGUGAGGGGAUGUGGACGAGAAUCACGAGAAUCAUGCAUCGUAUCUGUUUUCUUUACAAAUAUUCGAAGCGUCAUGAAUAAGCGCACUUCCUUAGAAUCUGCCUUGGAGACUUGCAACGCCGACAUCUUUGUGCUUACCGAAACGUGGCUACAUUCACAGAUUCAAGAUAACGAAAUUCUUCAAACCGCACAACAUUUUUCACUGUAUCGUUGUGACCGUACAAUGCGUCAGGGAGGCGGCGUGCUCUUAGCCAUUUCUAAAGAUAUCCCAUCUCAGUGUAUUCACGUCAAUACUGACCUCGAAACAGUUUGGGCCAUCAUGGAAAUAAAUCACCAGAAGAUAAUCAUUGGUGUUUGUUACCGCCCCCCAACUUAUUCAUCUAACUUCGUAAAUGAGAUGCAUGAUAUCAUUAAUAUUGUUACAUCUCGUCAUCCUACAUUACCUUUAUUUUUGCUUGGCGAUUUUAAUCUACCGAACAUAAUAUGGAAUACUGAACCUCCAACUUUACACCCUUUUUCUUCAUUAGCCAAUGAGUUCUUAGACAUGUGCUCUGUCUUCUCACUUUCACAACUUGUUACUCAACCCACACGCACUACCGAAUCCGUUGAGAACACACUUGACCUUCUAUUAACAUCGCGGCCUGACCUAGUUUCCGACAUCACCUAUUUACCCGGCUUGAGCGACCAUUCAGCACUUUCGUUUGACAUAAAUAUUUUGCGGCCAAAAUCCGGUAAAAAAAUCAAAUCUUUUCGAGACUAUGCGAAAGGAAAUUUUGAAGCAAUCAACGCCGAAUUAUCUGCUUUUCUAGACGUAUUUAUAAACAACUUCGACAGCCGUACCGUUCAGACCAACUGGAAUAUGUUUGCUGCAAAAAUUGCGGAACUAACAAACAAAUACAUCCCACUGCGCACCAUUGCAUGUAAUCUAAACGCCCCAUGGUACAACCUCCGUCUCAAGCGCCUGUCUAAUAAAAAGAAACGCCUGCACAAAUUAGCCAAACGUUCACCUAGCGCAAACCGCUGGACCAAAUACAAACUGGCGGCAGAUGAGUAUGUUGCCGCACUUAAACAAGCCAAAGAUCACUUUCUUGGCAAUACCUUGCCUUUAAUGCUUAAAACCGACACCAAGAAAUUCUGGCGCGUCAUUAACCCCAAGGCGGACGACAUGAUAACCUUAAUCGACAGCUCUGGAAAUGUUAUUCCCACUAAUCAAUGUGCGUCCGCGCUUAAUGAUGUUUUCAUGCACAACUUUUCAUCAACUACACACAUUACUCUUCCAUCCACGCACGACUACGAUUACCAAGCAAUGUUUCCCAUAAUCAUUGAACCAGCAGGCAUCGUACCAAUUAUCUCAUCUUUAAAAAUAUCUUCGGCUCCAGGACACGAUUUAAUAAACGCGAAAUUUUUGAAAAGCACUAGCUGUUACUCUUCAAUUUUCCUAGGAAUGAUCUUCCAACAGUCGCUAGAUAAGGGUUCUUUGCCUGAUGAAUGGAAGAUUGGGAAGGUGAUCCCACUCCAUAAGUCGGGUGACAAGCAUUCUCCAUAUAACUACCGCCCUAUCUCGCUCACUUCCAUUCCAUGUAAGAUGUUAGAACAUAUACUUGCCUCUAAUCUUGCUAGCUUUCUUGAAACUAACUCAUUUUUUUCACCAUCGCAACAUGGCUUCCGCAAGACAUAUUCAUGUGAAACACAACUAGUU